UUAGAGUUUGAAAGCGGACAUGGCCGAUGAGUGAGAGGAGAAAUGGCCGAGGAGUGAGAUGAGAAAACGGAUCGGGUGUUCUAUCUUUUACAGGACAACAGGUUUUCGAUAAAGCCGUAAAACAUUCGGAUAUUUGGCCUAAUUAUAUCGUAGCACCGGAUAAAACCCGAUAGCCUAAUCGAUUCUCAUUUGUAGCACGAUAAUUACAAUUGAUGGACUAUUCUGUGAGAUAAUACUAAUAAUUGGCGAAUAAUAAUAAUAAUAAUAAUAAUAAUAAUAAUAAUAAUAAUAUUAAUAAUAAUCAUUAUUAUUAUUAUAUGCUAUUGUGCAUGAUACAACUUUUUGUAGCUUAAUUAGGCUACAGAGUUUACAUUUCACACUUUUGCUUUCAUUUCAAGUGAAGAGUUUGCAUUUUCGUUUAAUUGGUUUGAAUAAGUUUCCUUAAAUUCAGCACGGAGCUGUAUGGUGUGAAAUAGGAAGUUACGUCUAAAUAGCAUCAACUUUAAAGGAAACUUGGUCAGCAGUGUUAUGACAAAUGGCAGCAAAUAUUUUCGUGAAUUCGUCAAACCGUUAUCAAACAAAUUGCAACACAGAUUGAGAAUUAAAUUGAAUUCAGCCGAUGUCGGACGUUCGCUCCUAUGAAGCAUAUGCGGGGCGGUUGACAGUUCCUACCUGCAAGUGUCUUCUGUUUCUUUAUCUAUUCUCAUUUACUUUCCGCUUGAAACUUUAAUUCUUUGGAGGAUUCGUAAUACAGAGCAUCAAGCUGAACAUGUUGCACAAUGGUAACGGCGACGCGGAAAAACCAGAGCCGCAGAUUGAUACACAACCUAUUCCUGUGAUUGGGGAGGUGCCGAGGGACAACGCUGAGCACAAUCCAGACAGCGACGGCGACCCCACACAAUUCCCGCUGCCUGUUCUCCCGAAGCUGGAAAUCAAGCGCAAUGCGGUAACGGAUGAAUACAAAAUUUCCAGCCAGGUCCUGGGGCUCGGCAUCAACGGCAAGGUGCUGGAGUGCUACAAUAAGAAGACAGGACAGAAGUGCGCUCUAAAGAUUCUGUAUGACAGUCCAAAGGCUCGCAGAGAGGUGGAGCUGCACUGGCGGGUGUCUGGGGGCCCCUACAUCGUGCGAAUCCUCAGCCUGUAUGAAAACAUGCACCAUGGGAAGAAGUGCCUGCUCAUCAUUAUGGAGUGCAUGGAGGGGGGAGAACUCUUCAGCCGGAUUCAGGCUCGAGGUGACCAGGCCUUUACUGAGAGAGAGGCAUCGGAGAUCAUGCGUGACAUUGGCACAGCCAUCGAGUACCUCCACCAUAUGAACAUAGCUCAUAGAGACGUCAAGCCUGAAAACCUGCUGUACACCACCAAGGAGAGCAACGCUGUCCUCAAACUGACAGACUUUGGCUUUGCCAAGGAGACCACACUGCAGAACUCACUGCAGACGCCCUGCUACACGCCGUACUAUGUGGCCCCUGAGGUGCUAGGUCCGGAGAAAUAUGACAAAUCAUGUGACAUGUGGUCUCUGGGCGUGAUAAUGUACAUCCUGCUUUGCGGCUUCCCCCCCUUUUACUCCAACACAGGGCAGGCCAUCUCCCCCGGCAUGAAGUGUCGCAUCCGGCAGGGUCAGUACGAGUUCCCCAACCCAGAGUGGGCAGAAGUGUCAGAGGAAGCCAAGCAGCUGAUUCACCAGCUCCUAAAGACUGACCCGAACGAGCGGAUGACCAUCACACAGUUCACGAACCAUCCCUGGAUUACUCAGUCAAUGGUGGUGCCGCCUACUCCACUUCACACCACACGCGUGCUCACUGAGGACAGGGAGAUGUGGGACGAUGUGAAGGAAGAGAUGACCAGCGCCCUAGCCACCAUGCGUGUGGACUACGACCAGGUGAAGAUCAAAGACCUCGACACCUCUAGCAACCCCUUGCUCAACAAGAGACGCAAGAAGGCUGCUGCAGAAGGAUGCGGAGGGGGCGGGAGCGCUGUGUGCAACAGCCAAUGAGAGACUGAGUAAAACAAUAGUGGAUAGAAGGUGCUACUGAAUGGAAUAACAGGGACAUUGAGAAAAGUGUGCUCCUCAGCAGCAGAUCCACCUGUGAAAUAAAGGUACACAGAAGACUACAGCGUUUCAUUCACAGCUGGAAUUCUACUUUCAUGUAUCCGUGAGUGUAUCGGUUUGAGUCGGCAUGUAAGCAUGUGUAUGUGAGUGUGUAUGUGUGAGCAUGUGUGUACUGUGUGUGUGUGCAAGAGAGAAGGAGAGUCUGAGUGUAUGGAUGUUGUAUCUGAGAGUGUUAUGUUCUUGUCCUGCACUGUAAAUGUAAUCUUCUUGCAGAACACCCCCUACCUAUAGUGCCCCAUGUUGAGUUGCCCUCGGUAUCAGAUUGUGAGUAGAGGGCCCUACCUCUAGUGCCCUAUGUUGAGAUUCACAUCAGUAUCAGAUUGUGAGUAGAGGGCCCUACCUCUAGUGCCCUAUGUUGAGAUUCACCAUCAGUAUCAGACUGUGAGUAGAGGGCCCUACCUAUAGUGCCUCAUUUUGAGAUUUACAUCAGUAUCAGACUGUGAGUAGAGAGCCCUACCUCUAGUGCCCUAUGUUGAGAUUCACCAUCAGUAUCAGACUGUGUAGAGGGCCCUAUCUCUAGUGCCCUAUGUUGAGAUUCACCAUCAGUAUCAGACUGUGUAGAGGGCCCUACCUCUAGUGUCCUAUGUUGAGAUUCACCAUCAGUAUCAGACUGUGAGUAGAGGGCCCUACUUCUCGUGCCCUAUGUUGUGAUUCGCCCUCAGUAUCAGACUGUAUAGAGGGCCCUAUCUCUAGUGCCCUAUGUUGAGAUUCACCCUCAGUAUCAGACUGUAUAGAGGGCCCUAUCUCUAGUGCCCUAUGUUGAGAUUCGCCCUCAGUAUCAGACAGUGAGUAGAGGACCCUACCUCUAGUGCCCUAUGUUCUGAUUUACCCUCAGUAGCAGACUAAGUAUAAAGGAAAAGCAAAGGAACUUCUGGGCCACCAAUGUCACCAGCACUCCUGAACUUUCUGUUCUUAAUAAGGUUAUCAUUACUCUUAAUAUCAUUACUCUGAUAUAAUUACUGUUGUCUUGUUCUUUUUUCAGAAAUAAAAAUAUUACAUUUUCUAUCUUA